AUAGCUUAGCUUAGCAUAAACAAAUAGGGGGGAAACGGCUAGACUGGCUCUGUCAAAUGGUAACAAAAUCCAUCUAUAUGGAUCAUGUACACUAAAUAUGAAGCCACAUUCAGCAGCAGGUUAGUUUGUGCUUUUCCAUGCUUCCAAACCGUUGUGAUUCACAUAUUGAUUUAUGAUCAUCAAAAGAAGUUUCUCCCUUCUGCUAUGGCAGCUGUGUUACUUUUAGUCCUAGCUGUGACUCAUCUUGUUUGCAUCCAGUGAUACUUUUUUCUAAAACAUCAUGUCUCCUUCAGUAAUUAGCUGGUUCUCCUCUGCAGGAAAAUUAACCCCAGUCUGUCUUUGUCAGUAGCUCUUAGUGGAAACUGCCAGAUACUGCUGCUUUCAGCUGCCUCUGUGGGCCGUAAUUGAAACCAUUUGUGGAUCAGGUGGAAUUCUGGGAUUUUGGCCUCACCUCAAAAUCCCAAAGCGUGUUAUUUUCUCUGUUUCUUUCCUCCAGCCAGAUAGGCUGUUACAUCAGCCUUCGUUUCCCCUCUCUCUCUCUCUCUCUCUCUCUCUCUCUCUCUCCUCUCUCUUUUCCAUUCCCAGAAAGUCCUUGCAAGGAAGAGUUCAGCGACUCGCAGUGCUGAAUGCAUCAACUCACAGUAGAUGUGGAAUAUUCCCUGAAACAGAUGGUUUCAUAAUCAGGAGGGAAGAAAUUGCAAAAAGAAGAGAUGAAUGUCAUGAAGGUUCAACAGAUCUCACACCAUGUCUUCCUUAUCUUGCUGGCUGCCUCUGUACGAUCUCAAGUCAACCCAGAAAUGUGUCGAUAUCCUCUCGGUAUGACCGGCGGGCAGAUUCAGGACGAGGACAUCUCUGCCUCCAGUCAGUGGUCUGAGUCAACUGCUGCAAGAUUUGGCAGACUUGACUUAGACAACGGAGACGGUGAUGGGGCCUGGUGUCCUGACAUCAUGUCAGAGCCGGACGGCCCUAAAGAGUACCUCCAGGUGGACCUACGCUCAUUGCACUUCAUCACGCUGGUGGGCACCCAAGGUCGCCAUGCCGACGGCAUGGGUAAUGAGUUUGCCCAGCGAUACAGGAUCAAGUACAGCCGUGACGGCAGCAACUGGGUGGGCUGGCAGGAUAGGAAGGGAAGGCAGGUCAUUGAGGGGAACAGGAAUGCGUAUGACGUGGUGCUGAAGGAUCUAGAGCCUCCCAUCAUAGCUCGUUUUGUCCGCUUUAUGCCUGUGACAGACCACUCCAUGAUCGUGUGUAUGAGAGUGGAGCUCUACGGCUGCGAAUGGCUGGAUGGCCUGAUGUCUUAUAGCAUUCCAGAUGGGCACCAAAUGAUCUACAGAGGCCUGGAUGUCUACUUUAAUGACUCUGUGUAUGAUGGAGCAUCAGCUGAAAGACUGACAAAGGGCCUCGGCCAGUUGACAGACGGCACCUGGGGUCUGGAUGAUUUUCUCCACAGCCACAUAUACGGCAUGUGGCCAGGGUACGACUACGUGGGCUGGAGCAACAGGAGCUUCCCCAAAGGUUACGUGGAGAUGAUCUUUGAGUUUGACCGCGUGCGAAACUUCACUUCCAUGAAGGUUCACUGUAACAACAUGUUCAGCCGAGGGGUGAGGAUGUUCAGGCAGGCCAGUUGUUACUUCCGGUCAGGCUCAGACUGGGAGGCUGACCCGGUGACCUUCAGGCCCACUGUUGACCGUGUGAGCCAAAGCGCCCGUUUUGUCACUGUGUCCCUCGGCGACCGCACAGCCAGCGCCAUCAAAUGCCGUUUCCACUUCAGUGACCUCUGGAUGCUGUUCAGUGAGGUGGCCUUCCAGUCAGGCUCAGCAGUGUACAAUACAUCUCUGACUCCUCGCAAACACGGACACCCCACAAACACACUACCAGGGGAUGAUCCUACUCAUAAAGUGGAUGACAGCAACACCAGGAUCCUGAUUGGCUGCUUGGUGGCCAUCAUAGCCAUCCUACUGGCUAUCAUAGUCAUCAUCCUGUGGAGGCAGGUCUGGCAAAAGAUGCUUGAGAAGGCAUCUCGUCGCUUGCUGGACGAUGAACUCACAGCUCGUCUUGCGGUCCAGACCCAGGCCUUCUCCUCCCACCACUCCUCUCUGUCUAGCGAGAGUGGCUCCACCUCCAACUCCACCUAUGAGAGAAUCUUCCCCCUCUGCGCCGACUACCAGGAGCCUUCACGCCUUAUCCGGAAACUACCUGAGUUUGCUCAGUCCACUGAACACCUUGGACCAAGCACUUCCUGUAGAGCCCUUGCAACCAGUGGUUUGGACGGCGCCCCCCACUAUGCGGAGGCAGACAUCAUCAGCCUCCAGGAGUCUUCAGACAGCAGCACCUACUCCAUCACAGCUGUCAACAUGAAUUUCUUUGCUGGCACCGAUUCAUCCAUGAGAGAGUUCCCCAGACACAAGCUCACCUUCAAGGAGAAACUGGGAGAGGGCCAGUUUGGAGAAGUGCACUUGUGUGAGGCAGAGGGCAUGCAGGACUUUUUGGAUGAGGAUUUGUCUAUAGAGGGAAACAAUGAGUCACCUCUGCUGGUUGCUGUGAAAACACUGCGGGAAGAUGCCAACAAGAAUGCAAGGAACGACUUCCUGAAGGAGAUCCGAAUCAUGUCUCGUCUGAGGGACCCCAACAUUGUCCGUCUGCUGGCGGUGUGUGUGGACACAGACCCACUGUGUAUGAUCACUGAGUACAUGGAAAAUGGAGACCUGAACCAGUUCCUCUGCAAUCUCAGACUAAAAGAGGCUGCUGAUGAAGACAAGACAGAACAGGAGGAAAAAGAGGGGAAGAGCAUGGUCAGCUACAGUAAACUAAUUGGCAUGGCUGUGCAGAUUGCAUCCGGUAUGAAGUACUUGUCCUCUCUCAACUUUGUCCACCGUGAUCUGGCAACCCGCAAUUGCCUGGUGGGUAAGAACUACACCAUAAAGAUCGCUGAUUUCGGCAUGAGUCGCAACCUGUAUAGAGGGGACUACUACAGGAUCCAGGGCCGGGCCGUCCUGCCCAUUCGCUGGAUGUCCUGGGAGAGCAUCCUACUAGGUAAGUUCACCAUGGCCAGUGAUGUGUGGGCAUUCGGUGUGACUCUGUGGGAGAUUCUGACUCUGUGUAAGGAGCAGCCCUACUCCCAGCUCUCUGACGAGCAGGUCAUUGAAAACACAGGCGAGUUCUUCAGGGACCAGGGCAAGCAGGUGUACCUGCCAAAGCCUCCCUGUUGCCCUGAUAGAGUCUACAAUGAUCUCAUGCUGAGCUGCUGGAGGAGGAAUGCCAAGCAGAGGCCGAGCUUUCAGGAGAUACACACUCAGCUGAUGGAGAGCGUGGCGUAGCAGGUGGAACAGAUGAUUUCUCUCUGCCAUGUCACAUUUGCUCCCUUCAGUCUGGAUUUAUUUGAAAGUAAUUUGGAGUCAGAAACAACUCAUAAAAUGUUUUCCAUUUGUUUGUUUGCUUUCCACAAUGGUGCUGUAAAUAAUAAGAUACGAGAAGAGGGUAUACACUUGAACAGAGCCUUAUAUUGUAGAUAUCAUGCAAAGUAGCACUAUUCACAAAGUGUAUCCACACCUCUAUAUAUUUAUUAAUGUCUUUUUAUUUCCUAUGCUGUGUCUAUUUAUAGAGCACUCCAUUGUAAUCCUAGCAGUUCACUGACAUGUUUUAUAAACAUGUUCAUGUCCUUUUGCAGAAUUAAAUUAAUUGUAUAUUGUUCAAUAGUUGCAUUUUUAAUAGCUGUCAAACUAAAGAUCCCUGUAAAUAAAGAAAAAUGAAUAUUCA